CCAAGAGCGGCCGAAAACGCCCUUGACCUUUGAUUGGAAAAUGAAUGCGUCUUCCAAUCAAACACUCGCACCGAAAAGUGUUGUGACUAACACUGAGUCUAAUCAAGCGAUGCUGAUCCAGCCUGCAAAUACCGGAGGAUCAACGACUUCGAACGAGAAAGGCCCGCUUGUUGCCGAUCUCGAUAUUGCUAUAGGACGCAACGCUAUGCCUGAUUUUCUUGGACAGGAUUUUCAGGACCGCAAUGGACAGCACCAUCCGAUUGCGGAGUUCCUUUAUCAACUGACUAAAAUGCUGACGGAUGAAAACUCAGAAAUUAUCGAAUGGUCGGACGGGAGGAUCAAGGUUCACUAUCCUGAACGACUGGAAGGUGAGGUCUUGCAGAAGUACUUUCGCCACUCCAAAUUUGCAUCUUUUCAGCGCCAGCUGAACUACUUUGGCUUCCGCAAAAUCGCGGGGAAAGGGAAGAUGUCCCCAUGCUCCUACGUCAAUGAAGCAGCGACGUCCGAUAUCCGUAGUCUACUUCUUAUUAAACGAAAAACCAAUGGUUCCGCUGCUCGAAAAGCUGCGAUGCAACAACAUUCCCUUGGGUUGCCCGCCUACGACCCGAACUCUACAGCUUCAAGCGGAAUGAACUUUCCCGGUCUCUCAAUGGCCACUGGUAGUUCACAUCAGCAGAUGUCCCUUCUCAAUGGACAGCAGUCCAUUGCUAACGCCAUGGCUUUGCUCUCGGAAAACGCCCUUCGAGCUGGCCUUGGUCAAUAUCAGAUGUUGCAACAACAGCAACAGCAGUCAGGAGAUAGCUUGGGGAAUCACCAGCUUAAUCUUUUUGCCCUUCAGCAGCAACAACAACAACAACAACAAAGAUCCCAGCAUCAAUUUUUAAGUCUCCAACAGGCACAGCAAGAGCUUCAGCAGCAGCAACAAACAUCGAGUUCAAACCAGCGCCUUCAAGAGCAAAAUCAACUUGGGAGCAACCCCCAGUUUGGACAGCAUGCUCUCCAACAUUUAUCGAUAGCUCAAGGUCAGCAACACAAUGGGUCACAGGUAACCAGUAACAACGCUUCGCAGAACAUCCCCUCGCUUGAGCAGCUACGUGCCCAACUGGCAGCGAGCUUAGCUAGCCAGCAUGGGUCCUUUAAUGCCAGUCUGCUGAACUCUGGUCUGAAUAUUGCGAACAACCCUGUAGUUGCGGGAGUCAAACUAAAUGCAUCGCAUCAAACUACUAGUGCGAACCCUGCUUCAGCAGCUCUCAAAGCUUUAACCGCUCAGACUCCUGCUAUGCCUGCGACCGCAGCAAUGGAUGCGGCAUCAGCCACUGCUCAGACCAACAGCAAUCUGUUUGAUUCUGCAGCCAAUCUGAAAUCCUUACUGGGUGAACACAGCUCUAACCAGGAUGCUCGUCCUAGUGUACCAACGAACUCAACCCCACACGUUUCCAGUGCCUUGUUGAACCGACUGCCCUCAUCAAGUACCAUCUUUCCAGAGCUGAGCACGGCCAGUUUUGGGAACCUUCUGGCCAGCUCGAACCGAUUGAACUCAUUGCUGAGCUUGAACAGCUUUUUGGGAUCUAGAGAACCAUCGUUGGCAGAUUUUGCGGCUGCCAACAAUAUGAGCGCUCAUCAACUGGCGGCCAAUGCCGCAAACGGCAUGUCUCAUUUUGCUUCAGAUGCUUCCAAAUUUCGAAGCAACCAUUAG